CGGUCAACUGUGUAACCAACAUUAGUCAACGUAACUAUACAUAAGUCAACCUCAAAUAAUAACUGAUCAUCAUUUGCAUAUUCAUGGAAUAUUCUCCGGUGCAUUCAAAUUGCUCCGACGAGGAGGAGGUGCUCAACCUGGCCGCCGCCAACCCCAAGAAACGCGCCGGGAGGAAGAAGUUCAAGGAGACGCGCCACCCUGUCUACCGCGGCGUGCGGAGGAGGAACUCCGACAAGUGGGUCUGCGAGCUUCGCGAGCCCACCGCUCAGAAGAGGGUUUGGCUGGGUACUUACCCCACCCCGGAAAUGGCGGCGCGUGCCCACGACGUGGCGGCGCUUGCCCUCAGGGGGAAGGCGGCGUGCUUGAACUUCGCCGACUCCGUGUGGCGGCUGCCCGUCCCGGCGUCGAAGGACGCCAGGGAUCUCAGGAAGGCGGCGGUGGAGGCGGCGGAGGCGUUUCGGCCGCCGGAGAGUGGAGAGGAGUUUUGUUCGGAGCAGCGGCGGAGUGAAGAAGUGGCGGCGGAUAGCACUAAUGGAGGAGGAAAUGUGGCGGGGGGAGUUUCAGACCUAUACGAUGUCGUUUUGGAGGAUUUGGACAUGGAGAGAUUGGCGGAGGGGGUUCUGCUGUCGCCGCCGCCGUGCUUGGGGUGGAGAUUCAGUUGGGAUGACGUGGAAAGUGAUGCUGACAUGGAAUUGUGGAGUUUCUGAA